AUGGGGAUCGUGGAGACGUGGGUGCGCGAGAAGCCCAUCCGCACCUUCCUCGCCCGCCUCUCCCGCCAGUCGGCCGCCGCCUUCGUCGCCUCCACCACCUCCCGCUCCCCCGCGGCGGCCGAUGGCGAGGGCGAGGGCGGCGGCGCCGACGGAGGCAUCCCGCAGCUCUCGUCCGUCGCCAACUCGGUUGUCUCCCGCUGCUCACGGAUUCUUGCUGUUGCAACUGAGAACUUGCAGCAAAGUUAUGAGGCUGAUUUCCCAGAUAAUUGUAAGGAACCCAAUACAUAUGCCAGAGAACUAUUAGAGUACUGCUGCCACAAAGCUCUCCAUGAAGUAACUACACGUCCAGACUAUUUGGCUGAUAUGAAUCUUCGUCGUUUAAUGUUUGAUAUGAUGCUUGCUUGGGAAAACCCAGGUUCUGAGGAAGGAUUGCUAAAAAAUAAUUCUACCUUGUGUAAUCCCGUGGAGAUUGAAGAUGAAGAUGAGGGAUCAAUUUUCUAUACGAAUUCCACAAGUUUAGCUGUUCAAGUUAACGACAUGAAGACAGUUGGCUUAAGUGCUUUUACACGAAUAGCGCCUUCAUGCCCAAUAAUAGCUGACUUGGUUACUGUCCACAAUCUAUUUGAUGCACUUACGUGUUCAUCUGGUGGCCGGUUACAUUAUUUCGUAUAUGACAAGUAUCUCAAAAGUUUAGACCGGGUAUUCAGAUCUAUCAAAGGAGUUAUGCAGUCAUCACUUGCUUCAAGUUUUAAUCUUGAUGCUGGGGAAUGUAUCUUAGCUAUUGAUGGUGACAAGCCUAUUCAUCCUGUAUUGCAGCAUAUUGGGAUAUCAGCUUGGCCAGGGAAUCCACUAAUCAUCUCUUUAUUUUUGGCAGGAACAUUGAUCCUUACAACACAUGCUCUUUAUUUUCAAAGUAUCAGAGUUGGUUAUGGUGAUAAGAUUGUUAAAUAUGAUUUAGCAACAGAUUCAAAUCAAGUGAUCAAGCGAGAUUUUACUGGACCAUUGGGUGUUCGUCUGUUUGAUAAAGCUGUGAUGUACAAAUCAAGCACUUUAACAGAACCAAUUUAUUUCGACUUUCCUGAGUUAGGGAGCCCCUCACGAAGAAACUAUUGGUUAGCAAUCACUCGUGAAGUAAUGCAGGUGAAUAGAUUUAUCAGAAAAUUCAACCUUGAAGAUAUUCAGAGAGCAGAAGCACUCUCAAAGGCUAUCCUGGGCAUCUUGAGAUACUCUGCUGUGAAAGAAGCUUUUCAUAUUGCUCCAUCUCACUUUAAGACAACACUCACUUUUAGCUUAGCUGAAAAGCUCCCAAAAGGAGAUAUGGUAUUAGAGGCCCUAUACAACAACUACUUCCAACUGUUGGACACUUCGUUGAGCCAUUUGGCAACUGAGCCAUCAGUUGACAAAGCACCGCAGACUCAUUCUGUACCAUUUUCAUUAUAUGCUCUCUCUAGAAUGGGAUUUAACUUGCUGAAGAGAAAAAAUGAAACUGAAAAGGAGAUAAGCUUUUGUGCUGUUUGUGUUGGUGUGACAAAAUCUCUGGAGGCUGCUUUGCAAGAGUCAUUUCUUUAUUCUGAAAGAAUAGAGGCAGCACGUGCUACGGUUGAUCAAGUGAAGGUGGAAGGUCUUGAUGCAAAUGUAGCCCUCAUGCAGGAGAUACUUUUUUCGUUCAUUCAUGCAGGCAAACUUAUUUACUCUUUAACCAAGUGGGAAGAUCCUCUAAAAUCAUUUUUGUUCUUAGCUUUUAUCCUCUAUGUUAUCCAAAGCGGGCUUGUCAGUUACACUGUGCCCUCUGUUUUCAUAGUCUUUGCUGUCGUUAUGCUUUGGCAUAAGUACAGUGAAGAAGGAAAACUGUUGGAAGUGCUUGAAGAAGCUAUAUCCAAGUUGGAAGAUACCCUACAGGCUGUAAAUAUUGUUCUUCUCAAGUUCAGAGCUCUCUUGUUUGCAGCUGUUCCAAAGGCAACUGAAAUAGUCGCAGUGGCACUUCUUGUUGCAGCUGCGGUUGUUGUGUUGAUGCCUCCUAAGCAUCUGCUCCUGAUGGCAGUCCUGGAGGUUUACACGAGGGAGAUGCCACUAAGGAAGCAACACACGGAGAAGUUCCGAAGACGAAUUAAAGAGUGGUGGGCCCGUAUUCCAGCUGCUCCUGUACAGAUGAUCAGACCUAACGAAGACAAGAAGAAGAUGUGA